AUGGCCAUCAGCAGCGUGCAAGACUAUCCACGAGAAUUCUGUCCCUAUCAACAUGAUACGUUUACAGCGCUGCUAACGGGCGGCCUCUGUGUCGGUCUGGUCUUGUCAUAUCUUCCUCAGCACUACAAGAUUAUCCAUUCCAAGACGAGUCAGGGCCUGAACCCGAUAUUCCUCUUGCUCGGAAGCACGAGUGCUGCAAGUGGCAUGCUCAACGUUAUCACUCUCCAAUGGGUCGUCAUUCAGUGUUGCAAGUAUCUCAGUCCCGGCAAUUGCAUUGAAUCUCUCGGAGCAGUAUGGAUUGUUGGACUACAGUGGCUAUUCUUUACAACAGUUCUCGUUCUCUUCCUCGUUUACUUCCCGCCGCAUCUUAAAUACGUCAACGUCACUUCACAUACCGUUCCUUGGUCUCAUGAUAUGGUCACGACGGAGCAUGUCGCAUCUACCGAAUGGCGCUUGGCAACCUUUGCUGGUGUAACAACACUAGUGCACCUUCUUUUCAUUACGUUCACGACCUUCUUCCUUAUUCUCACCGAGAACACGCCUCAUCCCAGCCCCCCAUAUCCGAUUCCUUCUCCGGACCCAACUCCUCCAAACUAUCCUCCACCAUACCCAUCUCAUCGCAUCGCACUCUGGGCUACCUUUUUGGGAGUUCUCUCUGCCGUUCUGGCUGCGAUCCAAUACACUCCACAAUUGUGGACUACCUGGAAAGCCAAGACGGUCGGCGCGCUUAGUAUCCCAAUGAUGUGUAUACAGACGCCAGGUGCCAUCCUGAUGGUGUGGUCGAUUGCAGUUCGUCCUGGUACGAAUUGGACUAGCUGGAUUACCUAUGCAACCGCGGGCAUUAUGCAAGGCAGCCUGCUCAUCAUGUGCUUGUGCUGGAAGGUCCGCCAAGGGAAACUCGAUAUUGACGACUUUGGGCGACCUCGACACUCUGAUCACACGGACGCCCAUGCCUCUGACGCUGCAGCACCUUCAUCUACAGCACCCGCUCCGGCGACGCACAACGAGACGACACCAUUGCUUGGCCAUUCAGCCAACUCUGCACAACCGGCCAAGAAUUGGUACGAAUUUUGGAAGAAUUGA